AUGACUAUUCCCACCACUCAAAAGGCGUUGGUGUACGACCAGCCCGGCACCGUAUCAACCAAGGUCGUUGAACUGCCAGUUCCAGAUCCUGGCCCAGGUGAGGUGCUUGUUCGGCUGAGCCACUCUGGCGUAUGUCAUUCAGACUUUGGGGUUAUGACAAACUCAUGGAGUACAUUACCGUUCCCAACGCCGGAAGGGCAAGUUGGUGGCCAUGAAGGCAUUGGCAACGUCGUGAAGUUAGGUCCAGGAACAGAAACGUCUGGUGUAUCAAUUGGAGACCGAGUUGGCAUUAAAUGGAUAGCCAGCGCCUGUGGCCACUGUGAGCCAUGCCGGGCCGGUUCGGAUGGCCUUUGCUUCAACCAACAAAUCUCUGGAUACUAUACUCCAGGAACGUUUCAGCAAUACGUCACUGGCCCAGCGCAUUAUGUGACCCCUAUUCCCGAGAACCUUGACUCCGCCCAAGCGGCACCUCUGCUCUGCGGAGGCAUAACCGUCUAUUCUGCCCUCCAACGAAGCCAAGCAAAAUCUGCUCACUGGGUAGUUAUUACCGGUGCUGGUGGCGGGUUGGGUCACCUUGCCGUACAACUUGCCAGCCGAGGCAUGGGUUUGCGUGUCGUCGGUGUCGACCAUACGAGCAAAGCAGACCUGAUUCAUUCAUCCGGAGCGGAACACUUUGUUGAUAUUACUCAGUUUCCCAAGGAUGAUAAGGGUGCCGCCAUCGCCGCCCAUGUCAAGAAGUUAUGUGGUGGCCUUGGCGCGCAUGCCGUCAUUGUCUGCACUGCCUCGAAUGAAGCAUAUGCCCAGGCUCUUGGUUUUUUGCGUUUCAAUGGUAAUUUGGUCUGUGUUGGUAUUCCAGAGCAUGCGGCGGUUCCUAUCGCCACUGCGACUCCUGGAGCUAUGAUUGCCAAGCAGUUUACAAUCUGUGGCUCGGCUGUGGGUAAUCGCCAGGACGCAAUUGAUACUCUUGACUUUGCUGCUCGGGGUGUCAUUAAGAGUCAUGUACGUGUUGAGAAGAUGAACUCCAAAGCAUAUAUCUUCCAGUCUGACCCGAAGGACCGUGACAGUGUUUGGACAAAGUUCGAUCUUUGUGGAAAUACAGCCAUCUAUCAAUUGUGGACUAUUUCUACUGAUCUGAAUUUCUCGAGCACAAAUUUCUCAUUGAUCCUGAAGAAUGUGACGACGGAUACGGAAAACAGAACCUACACAAGCUCGCCGUUUGUAAUUCGAGACACGGUGACAUCAACGACAUCGGCAUCUCUCGUCUCAACCGGUAUCUCAACGCCAGUUCCAACGAUAACGGAGACUCCAGAAUCCGGCCCGCAGCUAUCGAUUGGUGCCAAGGCAGGUAUCGGCAUCGGGGUUGCAUUGGCAGUAAUCAUCCUUGUGUUGCUGGCAUGUUGGUUCUGGCGAAGGAGCUACCGUCAGCGGCAAGUUAAUUCGGCUGGAGUCGCAUACCGAAAACCAGAGCUAGAUGGCCGGGGCAUCAAACGUCCUGCUGAAGAGAUUGAUGGACCGGAAAUUCUGGAGGCUGAUGGAGGUAUUGCGAUCCAGCCGGAAGGGUUUCAAGACGUGGUUGAGUUGCCAAUUGAGAAUUUCAAUCGGGAGACACGAUGA